AAUAAUAUCAACAUAAAGGAAAAUGGCGUCAAGGCCUCCAACGGUAUAAUGAGAAUUUGAAAUGGCAACACAAAAGCCAGGAGAGUGGGUUCAGUCGUUGAUUCAGAGAUUCGAUGCACAGAGUUUAUAGACAUUCCCAGUGAAUGAUUGAAGUUGCCAAUCAAGACUGGCCUACACACUACACAGUCCAUUCAAAAUGUGGAACAGAACAAGGAAUGUUUAAUUAGUGUAUCCAAGCACAAGUUUUCCCUGGUCAUCAAUGGACUGACUAAAAUCCUACAGAAUGUGUCUAGCAUGCGAAUUCACCCUGGGGAGGCGGAGAGAAAUUAUUACGAGUCCCAGCUCAUCAUUCUGGACUCCCUAGAACAAGUGCUGAAUUCUCAACCCAAAGACACAUCAAGACUGGAUGAAGCUAUAUAUGUUAAACUUCUACUUCCAGAAAUUUGUAAGUUCCUGAAUCAACCCACAGAUAAUCCAAAUCCCUUAGUUCUACAGCUGAAGAACUUGGCCUCCAAAGUUCUGUUUGCUCUUAGUCAAAACAACUUUACUGCUGUCUUCAACAGAAUUUCAGCAAAAUUAUCUAACCUGCCUCCUAGUGCAGAUGUUGACCAAUCAGAUUUGUCGGAUCUUGAGCUCAUUCAGCAUAUCAAUGUUGAUAUCCAUAGACUUAUCAAACUCCUUAAUGAGGUUGUGUGUAAAUUCAAGCCCAUCAAGUCUAAGCAGGUGUUUCUGACCUUGGCCAACAACCUCGAAAAGGCAAUAUGGAACUGGAUGGACAAUUAUCCAGAGGAGUUCACAGAUCUCCAAAAAAGACCAAAUGAAGAGCUUCAGGACUGCUCUGACAAGUUGUUUGAGCACUUCAACUCCAGCUGUAUGGAGUCCAGGAAGAGAGCUGCAGCGGUAUGGCCACUCCAGAUGAUGCUCCUUGUCAUGUGUCCAAAAAUCCUAGAAGAAAUCAGUAAUGCAGAUGCAGGUGCCCCUUGUUCUCCACAUAUUAUGAAGAAGAAAAUGUUCAUUGAUGAAGUAAAAAAAGCCAUUGCAUCCCACCAUGGUGGAUCUAAACAGAUGAUAGAGGGUGCUGCCAUCACCUGUGUGAGACUAUGUAAGGCCUCCACCUAUAUCAGCAUCAAUGACCGCCUCAAUGUCCUCUUUGCAUUUGUACAGUCCAUCAUCAAUGAUUUAAAGAAUCUCUUGUUCACUCCUCCACCAAGCAAGACGUUUUCCCGAGGACAGGGAAUUGUGGGACAGGACCUGGAUCUAUACAUCGACUGUUUUGUAUCGUGCUUCAGAAUCACACCCCACAAUAAUGACGUCUUGAAGAUCUGUCUGAAUCCCCACUCCCCUCCAAUCUAUCACUUUGUGCUAGUCAAUGCUCUACACAGGAUAAUCACACAGCACCCACUGGCUUGGUGGCCCCGUAUAAAUAUCAUCUAUGGGAAGGCUGCAGAGCUUCGGAGCAUGUUCACCGACACCCUCAAUAAGGUGACCCAGGGGAUGGCCACAAACCCCACCCCCAAAGUCAUCGGAAGCAGUAUUCCCUAUGUCAGUAUAGCAAACUUUACCAAGAUGACCUUGUACAAACUGAGCAAGGCUACAGAUGAGAACAUGACCACAUAUCGCUACCUGCUUCUGUGGAUCGUCAGACUUAUCCAUGCAGAUCCAUACCUUAUGUUACAUAAUCAUGGUAAACCAGGUCAUGAAAUCCAGAGCAGCACCCUUGAGUUGAUGAAUGGACUAGUCUCUCUUGUUCAUCAGCAGUGCAUGCCGGAUGUGGCUCAGGAAGCAAUGGAGGCAUUACUUUGUUUACAUCAACCUAUAAACAUUGAACUUUGGAAUCCUGAAUCUCCCAUCAACACAUUCUGGGAUGUCAGUUCCCAAGUUUUAUUCUCCAUAUCCCAAAAACUGAUUCAGAGACAGUUGGUCAAUUACACAGAGAUCCUGAAGUGGUUGCGAGAUAUCCUGGUCUGUAGAAACACUUUCCUACAGAAACAUAGUGCCAACGCCAACCUGGGCAACAACAAAACCAUCUGUAUUCACAUAAAGUUGGAGGUUGUAUUUUUUAUGUACCUGUGGAGCAUUGACAUUGACGCGGUACUGACUGGCAUGUCCUGCUUUCACCUGCUGUGUGAGGAGGCAGACAUUAGGUGUGGGUCAGACGAGAUGGCAGUGACCCAGAUUCUGCCAAACUAUAAUGUUUAUGCUGACAUAGCACAAGCCAGUACAGUGCUAACUACAGGAAGAGCUGCUCUACAGAAGCGAAUCAUGGCACUGUUGAGGAAAAUUGACCAGCACACAUCAGGAAACUCUCAGGCUUGGGAUGAUACAUUCAGAAACUGGGAAGUAAUCACCCAAUAUUUAGAAAAUUACCCAAAGGAUGCCAAAGUCAAAACUGACUCAGAAAUUCCUACAGGAUUAGGAGAAACCAUUAAGAAGAGGAAACCCCCUCACCAUGCCAAUACAGAACAUGAACUUGAGGAUCAGCUCAAUGAAUGGGCCAAUAUGACAGGUUUCCUUUGUGCAUUGGGAGGAGUGAGGUUACAGAACAGGCCACAUAGACUCAGUGCAGGUCCUUCCAUAGCCUCGGGACUAGACUCGCGUAAGAGCAGCCUGAUGCAGAGCUACGACACCCAGUACUGCCCAGUCACUCAAUUCAUCAGUAACAUGCUGAAACUGCUGGUGUGUCAGAAUGAGAAGUUUGGGGCCCAGAUACAGAAGCACGUGAAGGAGCUGGUGGGACACGAACUUAACCCCGCCCUCUAUCCCAUUCUCUUUGACCAAAUCAAAGUCUGUGUAGACAAGUUCUUUGAUCCCUCUGGGCAGGUCAUUGUAACAGAAUUGAACACCCAGUUCAUAGAGAAUGUGAUCUUCAUCAUGAAAAACAUUCUUGAGAUGAAGACAGACCAGCCCUGUGAACAUCUAGGGGUCACCAGUAUUGAGUCCUUAAUGCUGGCAGUUGUCAGGUAUGUCAGACAUCUUGAUUCUACCGUCCAUGCCAUUCAGAUCAAGAUCAAACUGUGUCAGCUGGUGGAAGCAAUGAUGCUUCGCCGAGACGACUUGACAUUUAGACAAGAAAUGAAGUUCCGCAACAAACUGGUGGAGUAUCUGACAGACUGGAUCAUGGGAAACUCACAUCAGGUCAACAUUGGUGAUAUUUGUAGCAUGUCCAGGAAACCUUUGCCUAGAACAGGGCUUCAGCGAUAUAUACACAAUCCAAGUGGGCCGGGCUCCUGUGCCAAGGGGCCACCGCACAUGCCCAGUCCCACUCCGCUAUUUCUGCACUCCCAAACCACGGUAGACUUGGACCAGGCCAGCAUGCAGGGGGUGGCGGCCCUGUUAGCUGGUCUACCCCUGCAGCCAGAGGAGAGUGACAGAGGGGACCUAAUGGAGGCCAAGUCACAACUCUUCCUCAAAUAUUUGACACUGUUCAUGAACCUGCUGAAUGACUGCUCAGAAGAGGAACAGGACACAGCCAUGGAUCCCAACAGGAAGAGGAGCACCUCUAACCUGUCGGCCCUCCGUAACUGUACGGUCCAGGCCAUGUCGAACCUCCUGAAUGCCAACAUUGACAGUGGGCUGAUGCACUCCAUAGCUUUGGGCUACCACAAAGACCCCCAGACCCGGGCAGCCUUCAUGGAAGUCCUGACCAAGAUUCUGCAGCAGGGGACAGAGUUCGAGACGCUGGCAGAAACAGCGCUAGCAGACAGGUUUGAGAGACUUGUGGAGCUGGUGACCAUGAUAGGAGACAAAGGGGAGCUGCCAAUAGCCAUGGCCCUGGCUACCGUAGUACCCACACAGCAGAUGGAUGAACUCGCAAGAGUGUUUGUCAAUCUGUUUGAUGCCAAACAUCUUCUGUAUCAGCUUCUGUGGAACAUGUUCUCCAAGGAGAAUUUUGAUGGACAGGUGGAGAUAGCUGACUGCAUGCAGACCUUGUUCCGUGGCAACUCCCUGGCCAGCAAGAUCAUGGCCUACUGCUUCCGCUUUUAUGGACAGAACUAUCUACGGGAACUGCUCAACCCACACAUCAUGGAGAUGACCCAGCAGAAGGUCUCGUUUGAAAUCGAUCCAGCCAGAUUGGACACUGGUGAAAGCAUAGAGGAAAACAAGAAAAACCUUAUGCUAAUCACCCAAAAAGUGUUUGACUCAAUUGUAGGAUCAGCGCCACAGUUUCCGUCUAAGCUGCGAAGCAUGUGUCACUGCCUGUACCAAGUAGUGACACAGAGAUUUCAGCAGAGUUCCGCCGAGGCUGUCUGGACUGUGAUCGGCACGGUCAUUUUCUUGCGCUUCAUCAACCCGGCGAUAGUGUCUCCCUUUGAGUCUGGAAUCAUUGAUGAAGAGCCGACACAGAAGGUCAAACGAGGCCUAACCUUGAUGUGCAAGAUCAUGCAGAAUAUUGCCAACCACCUCCAGUUCACCAAGGAGAACCACAUGCGCACAUUCAAUGAGUUCCUCAAAACCAAUUUUGAGGCUGGCAGGAGGUUUUUCACAGAGAUUGCCUCUGAUGGAGAUAUACCUGACACGGGGAAUCACAGCCUCUCUUUCAUCAAUGAUGCCAAUGUCCUUGCCCUGCAUCGACUGCUGUGGAACAACCAGGAGAAGAUUGGGGACUACCUGUCUAGUAGCAGGGAUCAUAAAGCAGUUGGCAGAAGGCCAUUUGACAAGAUGGCAACAUUGUUGGCCUACCUGGGACCACCUGAACACAGACCGUUAGAUUCUCACGUUGGGAUCUUUGCCACUAGAUGGUCCAGCAUGGAUAUGACCAGCACCAAGUUCGAGGAGAUCAUGUCCAAGCACAACAUGCAUGAAAAAGACGAGUUCAAGUCACUAAAGAACCUGCUCAUCUUCUACCAGGCCGGCACCAGCACCGCAGGGAACCCUGUGUUCUAUUACAUUGCUAGGCGAUACAAGGUGGGAGAGAUUAAUGGGGAUCUCUUGAUCUACCAUGUGCUGUUGACUCUGAAACCUUUCUACAACAAACCAUUUGAGCUGGUGAUAGACUUCACACACACAUGUGCAGAAAACAGAUUCAGGACUGACUUCCUGUCCAAAUGGUUUGUGGUGAUGCCUGAGGUGGUGUACCAGAACAUCACCGCCUCCUACAUAUACAACUGUAACUCCUGGAUCAGGGAGUACACCAAGUACCACGACCGCAUCCUCAACCCACUCAAGGGAAACAGGAAGUUGAUAUUCAUUGACCACCCCGCCCGACUCAAUGAGUACAUCGACCCUGAUCAGCAAAAGCUGCCAGGGUCAACGGUGGCUCUAGAGGAAGACCUGAAGAUCUCAAACAAUGCCCUGAAGCUGUCCCACAAAGACACCAAGGUCACAAUCAAGGUCGGCCCCAAUGCCAUCCAGAUCACGUCCGCAGAGAAGCUGAGGGUGCUGGGGCACCAGGUGCUCCUGAAUGAUAUCUAUUACGCCUCAGAGAUUGAAGAGGUCUGUCUGGUUGAUGACAAUCAGUUCACGCUGACGAUAUCCAACGAGAGCGGACCCCUUUCCUUCAUUCAUAACGACUGUGAUAACAUUGUCCACGACAUCAUUCACAUCCGGACCAGAUGGGAGCUGUCGCAGCCCGAGUCUGUGACCGUCCACACCAAGAUCCGACCAAAGGACGUCCCCGGCACACUGCUCAACGUGGCCCUGCUUAACCUGGGCAGCUCGGACCCGAGUCUACGGUCCGCCGCAUACAACCUGCUGUGUGCACUCACUCAGACCUUUGACCUGAAGAUCGAGGGCCAGCUGUUGGAGACCACUGGAUUAUGUAUCCCUGCCAACAACACCAUCUUCAUCAAACUGAUCAGUGAAACCCUGGCUGUCAAUGAACCACAUCUAACAUUAGAGUUCCUAGAGGAGUGUAUUCAGGGAUUCGGAAACUCCAACAUAGAGAUGAAGCAUUUAUGUCUGGAGUACAUUACGCCUUGGUUACCAAAUCUUACCAGAUUUUGCAAGCAUUCAGAUGAAAACAAGAGACAAAAGGUGGCUCUGAUUCUGGACAAACUGAUCACCAUGACAAUAGAGGAAGUAGAGAUGUAUCCUUCCAUUCAAGCCAAGAUCUGGGGUAAUAUAGGGAAAGUAGCAGAUCUCCUAGACAUGGUGCUAGACAGCUUCAUCAAGAGAAGUGUAACUGGGGGCCUGGGCUCUAUCCAGGCAGAAAUCAUGGCUGACACUGCUGUUGCACUGACAUCUGCUAAUGUACAGCUAGUAUCCAGAAAAGUCAUUGGACGAUUAUGUAGGUUGAUAGACAAGACCUGCACAUCACCUACCCCCACUCUGGAGCAGCACCUGAUGUGGGAUGACAUCGCUAUUUUGGCCAGAUACCUCCUCAUGUUGUCUUUCAAUAACUCAUUAGACGUUGCUAGUCAUUUGCCGUUCCUGUUCCACAUCGUGACCCUGUUGGUGUGUACUGGGCCGCUGUCUCUGAGGGCCUCCACCCACGGCCUGGUCAUCAACAUCAUCCACUCUCUUUGUACCUGUGCACAGCUCAGCUCCAUCAAUGAGACCACCAUGAAGGUUCUAAAGAUGAGCUUGGCCGAGUUCUCCCUGCCCAAGUUUUACCAGUUGUUUGGGAUCAGCAAGGUCAAGUCUGCAGCUGUGAGUGCAUUCAGGACCAGCUACCGACCCGGGGACCGCUCCUUCACCAUGUCACCUCCCGAACACGAGAAAAUGUCACUCUCCUCUCUAGAGACCAUUGUAGAUGCUCUGCUGGAGAUCAUGGAGGCAUCAAUGAAAGACAUUCCAAGCUGUGACUGGCUCCAGCAAUGGACGGAUUUAGCCAGAAGGUUUGCAUUCCAGUAUAACCCUGCCCUACAGCCGCGGGCCAUCAUUGUGUUUGGAUGUAUCAGCAAGACUGUGACCGACUCAGAAAUCAAACAACUACUGAAAAUCAUGAUGAAGGCACUGGAGUCUUUUAAUGACCUGACCUUGAUUGAAGCUAUUGUCAUGUGUCUAACCAGGUUACAGCCAUUGCUGCGAUCAGAUUCCUCUAUCCACCGUUUCCUGUUCUGGGUGGCUAUAUCCGUCCUACAGCUGGACGAGCAGUCUCUGUACACGGCCGGCCUAGCUCUGCUGGAACAGAACCUCCACACACUGGACAACAUGGGCCUGUUUGAUAGAGAGCCACUGGAGAAGAUCAUGAUGGAGACCAGGGAUCCAUUGGAGUGGCACUUCAAACAGCUGGACCAUGCCAUGGGACUCAGCUUCAAGGCCAACUUCAACUUUGCUCUUGUUGGUCAUCUGCUGAAAGGCUUUAGACACCCGGCACAGACAACCACAUCUAGGACCAUUCGUGUAUUGAACCAGCUGUUAUCCAUUACUGUCAAACCCACCAACAGGGACAAAUUUGAAGUGACCCCACAAACAGUGCCGUAUCUUGCAGCCUUAGUAUCUGUGUCGGAGGAAGUCAGAAGCCGCUGUCACCUAAAACACCGAACAUCUCAGUACAUGAUGAAGGAGUCGCCCUCUAGUGACAGCCUCAACACUGAUAUGGCAGCAGGUGCCUUCUCCUCCUCUUCUUCCUCUACCACUGGACCUAUGAUCCCAGUGCCCCCCUUACAGUCUCAGGUGAUGGUCACACCGGACAUCCAGACUCCCUCCUCCAUGACCCCGCCCCCUGUGGCCACACCCAUGACUCGGCGACAGAAGAGUUGGGAGGUUCUAGACCUAGGGCCAACCAAUGCAGCACGACUCCAGAAAGGAGCACCGCACACAAAUCAACCUCAGCAACCUGGAAACAGUUCCAAGGUAUGGAAAAGUCUGGAUGACCCCAAUCCUCGCCCACCAUUUCAGAACAGAAGUAACUCCAUGCCUACCCCAGGCUCUAAGAAGGACGGGACAAAGCCUGUGAUGUCACAGUCUCGCAGUGGGAGGGUGUCUGUCUCCAAUGAAAACAAUGUGUUGUUGGACCCAGAGGUGCUGACUGAUUACCCAACUCAAGUGUUGGUCCUCACAGUGCUGGCUACUUUGGUCCGUAACACAACCGAUGAGAAUGAGGCCAGAAUUUUGUACGAGUACUUGGCUGAAGCCUCUGUUGUUUUCCCUAAAGUGUUCCCAGUCAUACACAGUCUCUUGGAUGCCAAAAUCAACAAUGUGCUCUCCCUGUGCCAUGACCAGGCCAUUCUGAACGCUGUCCAGAGCAUAAUACAGAACAUGAUUGCCUGUGAAGACCCUUCUCAACAGCAACUGUCCUACCUACAGAGUAUUGGGUUUGGAGGCCUUUGGAGGUUCGCAGGAACGUUUAAGUCUGCGCAGAGCGAUACAGCAGAGCUGCUGGUGAACUGCCUGGAAGCCAUGAUGGUUGAGAACUGUCUCCCAGGAGACGACCUUGAUAUACUGAACCCCUAUCCUAGUUCCCUAGGGAUCUCCUCUAACCUGAAUCUCUCCAGCUCCAUGUCUAGCCUUAGUGUGAGCAGUAUGCACUCCCCAACAGAUAAGGACACUGCUGAUAAAAAUGGGAGCAUCGCCAACAGCAACCGCAUGCGACACGGCUCUGCCAAUAACCUGCCGGGCAACAAACGCCCGGGGAGCUUCAAGCGAAAAGAUAGCAAAAAGAAAGUGAUGGAGACCAUUGAGAACUGAACUGUCUUACUGGGAGUGAGAUUGUAGUCAGUACAACCCAUAUUAUUUUCUCUUCUCUCUGAUGGCAUAGAAAAAUUGAAAUUUAUCAUAGUAGACUUUAUUUAUUUGUUUGUGCGAUUUAAAUACGAUUUCUUUUUUCACUUUUGGAAGCUUCAGAAACUUUAAAGCAAUGGGUGCAGUUUGUCACCUUAAUAACUAUCAUAAAUUAGUGCAUUCCUAAAUUGGUUUACUGCAUACUAAAAUUAUUGUUGAUAAAUUCACUUAAGAAUAUAAAACAUGUAUAGAAUCUUUCCAAUAUAUUUGAAACUUAAAGCCUAUUGUGAUUGUUAUUGUACAUUUUGCUUGCUCUGUGUAUUGCAUUGUGGGUAAUUUGUUUUGUACAUUUUGCUUGCCUUGUGUAUUGCAUCAUGGGUAAUUGUCAAACGGUUGUCAUCUACAUUAUAUUUUUGUCAUGAAAUCUCUUUUAAGUAGUUGUUAUAUUUUUAGAUAUGAGAAAGAAAUAGGCAUUGUUAUGAUUUUAAUUUGAUGUAAUCAAAUGAAUUUCUGGGAUCGAAAUAGUUGUGGCAAUGUACGUACUUUAUACAUUUACCAGUACAGUAAGUACAUGUUUGUGUAUUUAAUGGAAUUCAUAUCCAAUUUUUAGGGAGAUGACUGUGCUAGAUAUAUGUACAUGUAUGUUAUAUCUAGUAGAUAAGUUAUGGUUAUAUAAAGUUUUGCAAGUCUUUCAGUAUAAUUUGUUUAAGACUUUAUUUUGUAUCAUAAAAUAUCUCAUGAAUUUAUAUUUUUGUGUUAACUCUGGAAUCCAUUGGAAGAGAAAAUGUCGGAUGCUUCAAAUGCAUGUAUUUUCUUGUUUAAUGCUAUUUAGUAGGAUUCUUUGUUGGAUAAAUUUAUUUGAGCAAGUACAAGUACACCAAGAAUCAGAGACCCUGACUGUAAUUUUUUUUUUCAUUGUGGUGAUUAUAUUUCAUGUGUUACGAUCUCUUCUUUUCAUACAUUAGUUGUGCACUCUAUUUUUUUAUUAUAAUUUAACCAUUCUGUGUUCGUCUUGUGCAAUAUAUCAGAAGCAAGUUCAGAUUGUGACAUUAUAUUUGCUCGUGUGUAUGUGUAUCUCAGGCACAUUUCAUUCUAGAUUUAUUUUCCCCUCUCUCUGUGUUCAGCCUGUGUACAUGUAGAUAAUUAAUCAAACUUUCCUAUUUUCUUUGUCAUGCACGUUUUAUUUUUUUUUAAUGUUUCAGUUUCUUGAAUUCAUCAGAUUAUUUAUUGAAUUUAACUUAAUUUACUGAUGUUCUGAUUUUUUUUUUCCUCUCCUAACAUUGUGUUCCCCUCUUCUUUGAUACGGGUGUACUUGUUUUCACAAUGCUCACAAUACUUGUUAUUAAAUGCACCAUUAGAAAUUUGAAUUAUUGUUCUUAUCAUUUUAAAAUUUUCAUUAGUAAUGUAAUAAUGUAGUUUACGAGGGCAAACAUGUUGACUUUUUGUAAUGUUUGAAGGAAACAGUUUCUAUUCAUGUAGUAAUUAAAUAAUGUUGGAUGAUAUCAUGUUUAUGUUCCAGUUGUGAUUUACCCCUGUAUUACUUGUAUAAAUGUACAGAAAUUGAAAUAUUUCUUGCUGAAUUCCGUUUGAAGAGUAGGGAUAAUAAUCUUGCACAGCUUGCUUUUAACUAUUGUUUGUCUGUAGUUCUGCAGUUCUGUGUUGGAGAGAAGUUUAUUUUUGUAUUGAAUAUUGGGGUUUAGUUUAAUGUAAGAUUCCUGUAUGGAAUUCAAAUUUCCCCAUGUAUCAAUAUAUUGAAUCAAUCUAAAGGGUAGGAAAAUUGUGAAUGAAAACAAUUACCAGUAUAAAUUUCCUCAUUGAAUGGUUUACAUUUCUUUGAAAGUGCUUCAUCAAUUUUUUACGUAACAUUGUAGGUUCAUAGACUUGGGAUUAUUAAAGUACAUGUAGCUAAAUCACUUGUAUUGUAAAUGCUUGCCAAAAAGUAACUACAUUUUUUGUUUGCAUAACUAUUGAUAGCAGAAAUGUAAUAUUGGUGAACUCUGACUAUUAUUAAUUUGGUUUUCUUUUUUAUCAGUUGAUUUGGUGCAUGUGAAAUUUAGUAGUAUUGUUGAUUAGAUAUUAUUGAUACAUUGAAAUCCAAGCUUCUAAUGUUUUUGUUUCCCCAUUCCGAAAUAAAAACCAUUAACAUGCAUUUAAAAUAUAAAUUUGAUAUAUUCUGUGUUUAAGCUGUUAAACUUUAACAAAGGUACAGGUUAAGAUUGUUACCUUUUUAAAGAAGACAAAUGUAUUGUCUUGGGUCACACAAAUCAUUUUCAAAAAAAGAAUGAGUCAAUUUCUCAGAUCAACAUUUUCAUGGGUAUUUCUCAGGUUUUAAAAAAUACUCAGUUUUGAUUCACUGAUUGCAGCAAAUUCACCAAAUUUACAACACAACAGCUAUGCUGGGAGUUCAAUUAUGUUUGCAAUUUCAAGGAUUAUUGUGCAAUCAUAACAUUGCAAUUCUAUUCUGUUGCCAAAACCAUGUUCAAGGUACCAGUGAAGGGAAUGAAUAUAUUUAUGUCAUUUUCAAGGGGGGAAAAGCAAAUAUAUGGUAAAGCUACAUGUGUAUGUAGGGAACCUAAUUAGAUUAAAUAAUGAAUACACCUGACUGUUAUAUGAUGUGCUGUAUGGUAUUUUUUUAUGUGUUAAGUUGUAGAAAUAAUGUCUUUUGUUACAAUAAUUUUACACCAAGUGUACCUUCAGUGAUGCUUGUAAAUCAUGGGAUUUGUCUGCAUUGUCUUGUUGCCAUAGUAACAAAUAGGAAUUAUUUUUUUGUGAACAUUUUGAUUGUUGUUCAGAUGAGUCCUGUUAACUAUAUAAUGAAAUAAAAAUAUCUGUGGAGACAGA